AUGAAAGAAAACCAUGUUAACGAAAUCAAUUAUCUCAAAGAAACUUUUGAAAACCAAAAACAAGAAAUAAAAGAACACCAUAAAAAUGAAAUCAAUAUUUACCGAGAAUUAGUUGAUGCAAAGAAAAAUGAAAUUUUUAAUUUUAAACCCACAAACGAAAGACAAAGAAUUAGCGAAGAAUUAAUCCUUGAAUAUGCACAACUCUAUGAAGACGCUGAAGAAAAUGAUGAUGAUGAUAAUGAUAAUGAUAAUAACGAAUCAAUUAAAUCAAAAGAAUAA